AUGGAUUCAUUAUUGUAUCAACAACUACUAACCGCACACCUUAUACCGCAUAUACCAAAUCAUCGUCGCCGCACUUUUUAUCAGGAUAAUAUUCCGUUACAUAAAACACCACCUAUGUUAACAUGGUUUGAAGAGAAUCGAUCAGAAUUUGUUGAUGCUCCUGAAUUACGUUCAAAGACAACAACCAAAAACGAACUUGAACAAGCUAUUAACAAUGGUUGUGAUGCUAUUCCUCAAAAGGUCAUCCAGUCAUACAUCUUACAUCGACCUGUCCAAGCGUGA